UACCAAGUGUUGAGUGAAGCCUUAUAGCGAAGUGAUAGCAUUAAAUCAUGUCAGAAAGCGUCAAAAACAAAAUAAUUUAAGUUUUAGUGGGAACGAAGUCGAUUUUUAAAUGGUAUUUAAUUUCCAAUAAAUACAAUACAAGCAACUUCAGAUUACUUACGAUAUGGCGGAUGAUUUCAUUCCACUUAACCAAAGUACGCCCGUACAAGGAAGAUGGCAAAGUAAAAAUCAACAUAAUCAAAAUGGAUAUCAAAACAAUUGGCAACAGAGGAACCAGCGGCGGCGAGGACAACACAACCGAUGGGGCAAUAAUUCACAACAUAGCAAUAGCUUUGGGAGUGACUGCAACAGCAGCUAUGGCCGUGACAACAAGAGCAACAUUGAUGUGUACCUUCAUCCCUCCAUGUUGUAAGACCCGUGGGAACAUCUAAGACAACAGAAUGUAUGACAGCCAAUCAAAUCUUUUGCAAAUUAACAUUAAUAAGAACUGGGGCUUACUAUCAUCACUUAUAGUAGGUAGUGUUGCACAGGUCUUUUGACCAGGGAAGGCAGAGAACAAGAAUAUGAAAAAAAAAAUUGGAUAAAUACUUCUCCUAUAUGAGUUGUUUACAUUUUUUAAGGUAGGUAGUGCUUUUGUGCUUGCAUGAAUUACAUACCAUACCACUGGCUUAUAGCAAUAUUAUUGAAAAAAUUAAGGUUUUGCAUUAUAUCUUGACUUAACUAAAUCAGGUGAUAGGAGUAUGGAUAAAGACUUAGAUACUUAUCAUCCAAAAUCCAUCCAAAUCAUCCAUCACAAGUUUAAAAGGUUUUUGGUCUGAUAUUUGUCAGAAAAUAUGAUUAAAUAAAAAUUAUGAUUAAAUAUUAUGAUUAUGACCUUAGCUUAGUGUUAUGAUGUAAAAUUGUUUCCAGGUUUCAAAAUAGUUUAGUGUACAACUUUUAUAGGAUCACUAAUAAUUUAUAAAUAACAGAAAUUAUAUAAAUUUGUGAACAACUUCCCAGGGUUGCCAAAUGCCAUGUUCUUUUAAAUGUAUAAUUUGUUACUAAUGUUAAAUAAUUAGGUACCUAUUUACCCUUUUAUAUUAAGUUAUUAAUUAUUAAGUUAUUGUCAAGUCAAAAAAUAAUUAUGUAAUAACAAUCAGUAGCUGUACUUAUGACUGUUCUUUAAAUAAAAUAAUUAUUAAUUGUAAUUAAUGUAAUUGUAAAAUUUUUUCUUGUUAAUUGUUAUAAUGUAUGUUUUUAUUAUCAUCAUUUGAGGUCCACUGAUGGACGGACUUAGGUCUAUUGUAGGGAGUUCCAAGUCCACAGUCUUGGCUUGCUAGUUUCCAGCGGUUAGCAACUUGUUUGAUGUUAUAGUUGUAAGUAAUAUUUGGGAAAGGAAUAAUAAAAACAUCCAUGUAAAAUGAUUGUUGAAUAAAUGAGUAGAAAAAUUUCAGGAAACAAAUUGUCAUUUCAUUAGACAUCAUUAAGACAAUAAGCUAUUAUUCAUCCAGCUAUCCAUGACUAUGUUUACAAACCUCUUUAAUACAAGGUCAUCCAUCCAUAAACUAACUUCAGUCAACGUUGCUUACCUUAUCCAGAACAAUUGACUAUUUAGGGUAAUGCCUUCUAAAAACACUUCUCAGGAAAUGAACAAUGUGAUAAGUAAGUAUGAUACUGUGAUACUGUGCUUAGGAGAACGAGACAGAUGAAGUAGCGAUCAGCAGAUAGUUGGAACUAUAUCUAAAGACAGAUAAAUUAAAAUGGCGUCUCUAUAUACGCUGCGCGAGACGCCCUUGGCCUUAGGAAGACGUUCCUCUCGAUGUUCGGGCCCAGGGCUCAAAUUCUGGCGACAGUUC